AUGUCCUCCUUCCGACUUACAAUUUCCUCUUUCCUUUCUAAGGUGAAGGAACCUGGGGACGUUGUUAUAAUGCAUAGACUCAAGGUCGAUCUAUUUCGGAGCACUCUUCAGGGUUCAGGUUGUGUCGCUGCAGGCUUCAGAGCUAUUGUCUUUCCCGGCUCCCUGGACGCCGAACUAAAACCACGGGAUUCUCCUCUGAUGUGCAGUUACACUGAAGCGGACCUCGAAGUUGUCCGUGCACUAAAGCUGUGGUAUCACUCCUCCGACUGUCCAGUCGAAAAGGAACGCCUGUCUAAUGACUCAACUUCGACGACUGGUAGAGAAAUCGUCGGACCAUCAAUUUGCCCUGAGCAGGUAAUCCAAAACAAUUCUUGA